AUGGCAUGCAACAUUCCAAGCUCCGCUGCCAAAACUAUAACUUCGAUCGAGUUUGAUACUGAAUUCUCCGGCGUGACCAACAACGACAGUAAACCAUACGUCAAACGCUCAAAUUAUGGAAAGUGCCAGUACAAGACCGGCAAAUGCUUUAACGAACGCACCGUUAAGCGCAAUGGUGAAGCACAUUCGCUCUGCGAGGAACACCGUGUCAAACAAAACAUAAUUCAACGUCGCAGCGAUCGCAAGUACCAGACGGUACACGCUGUUCGUCGUCGUGAGCGGUCGCAACGUCGAGCGGUGCUGAAAAAACAAGUCUCGCUGGCGGCGGCUCAGCAACUGUUUUAUGAACAUCAACAACAGAAGACGAUGGGCAUACCGCUAUCGCAAUACCAUUCAAUGCAUUUGCUGACGACCAAUCCCAACGAUGUUGCUCUAACAAAUUCAAGUGAGAGUAAGAAUAUGGGUCUUGCUCCACCAAUACAGGUGCCACCACCAAAUCUCAUGUCUGAUGACCACAGCACUAUUGGAUCGUCUUUGGUUUUGUCUAUUCAACAUCAGAAUAGUUUUUCUGGAGCUGCUGAUCGCAAAAUUGAAAUUGCAUUAAACGACGAAUCGUCUCCAACGGGCAUUGAUGACUUUGCUCUGAACAUGUUUCUGACCAUUCCAUCUUCCAGUAGGGGGCAUAGCAUGCCAACUCUUAGGGAUGACGAGAUUGAGGGCAGCAGUGGCUUGGCGGACAACUUUGGUUUCGUGCCAAUUACAUCACAUUCUGAUGACAAAGAAAUGUGGAGCGACGAUGAUAUCGAAUUCUUGCAGACCAUUUUGCUUUCUUAA